AAAGAAGAAGACGGAGAAUGCACUAGUUGAACAGUUGAGAUACAAAUUUCAUCUUUGAAUUGAAGAAUCUUCACUUAUUCUCAAUUUAUCAUGGUAAAGUUAGAAUCUUUUCUCAUCACAAGUACAGAAAACUGACAAAUUUUCAUAGUAAUGGUGAAGUUAGCAACGGCAAGAGAGAGCCGGAUGUACGGUCCGGGACGUGGCCGGACCAGGGCGGAGUAUAUAAAUGCCGGGCUGUACUUGUUUGCCACCGUCGUUCUGGGUUCUGGGUUUGGGGCUCAGUUUUCCCUGGAACCCAGAUCGAGUCUUGUUCUUAUGCUCAUAGCGCUGGCGCUUAUUAUUGUAGUGAAUGUUCACGAUCUGGUCGCGCAUCUAGCCGGCAUCGAUUUCCGGUUGCCGUUGAUGGAGCUCGACACCCAGCUUGCCUUCGUGGAAUUCGCCGUUCCCCUCGUCCAAGCACUGGGUUCACUUCUUUUCUUCUUGGGAAUUCUCAUUCUCUUCGUCGAGGAGGAGAAAGGAUAUGUUUACUUUAGAUUUGAGAAACAUGCUUUGAAUAUGCUUAUUGCUGGCCCUGUUUUGUGGGUGCUUGGCUCCAUCCACAACUCUUGCCAAAUUUAUGAGAGAGCUGACGGGCAUGUCCAGAUCCUGCAACAGAGUGUUCAGCUCCCAUUUUUAAUAGGUAGCACCUUGUUCAUGGUGGGUGGUAUUCUUAAUAGCCAGGAGCAAACCGGAUUGAGUCGCCAUGGGAUGGGAUUACUGGUAAGCUUUGAUUGAAUGGCUUUAUUCAGUAGGAAGCUAUUAGGAUUUCAAGGAAUACAUAUACUUGCAAGUUAUACAUGAGGUAUUUUCCCACGUUUGUAUGUUGUUUGAUCCUUUUGGAGAGAAGCUAAUUUAGUUCUUCCAGGAAGAGUGUUAAGUGGAAUUAUCCAACAAUGGAUAUAAGUUUCGAGUUGUUGUUCUUCUUAUUUUUAAUUAGGUUGAAACUUACCUAAUCAGUUUUAGGUUGAAUGUUUUGCUAUAGACAAGGAGAUUAAAAUUAUCAUUGACAC